GUGUGUGCCUUUAAAGCCUCGUGCACAACAUUCCUGCCCUCACAUAGUCAGCGGAGUCCAGUCAAGAAGUUUUCAAAAAGUCCUUUCUCAAGACCUACUGGGAUAAAGAAGAACUCCCAAGACCCCCGAGGCAGAAAAAGAUGCCGGGUGAGAGGGCGACGGUCCGGGGCACGGCAGACGUGGGUCGGUUCCCGGGGGCCUCCCCGCCGACCAGGGUGGAGCUGUCCAUUCAGAAGGUGGGGGAGAAGAAGGCGGAGGAGAGCGCUUGCUGCCGCUGGCUGAGGAAGAUGUGCCCGUGCUGCUUCUGCCAGAAGUACGCCACCAUCUACGACGUCACGCACACCGUGGAACUGAUCAAACCCCCGGCCCUCGCCCCGGAGCCCGACGGAACCAAGCCGGCGAACGGGGAAUCCAAAGAAACGGAAGUCAUGAAGUUGGGUGUGCGCUCGGUGCAUUUGCUGAGCUCCAAAACGGGUCGGAACCGGCUGGAGCACCACACUGACCUCUACCACGGGGACCAGCUGAUCGUCCGCAGGGGACAAAACUUCUGCGUGGAGCUGGAGUUCAACAGGCCGUUCAGUCCGGACACCGACAAGCUGCACCUGGACUUAAGGACAGGUCCACUGCCCAUGGUGUCCAAAGGCACCCACGUCAUCGUCCCCCUGGUGGACCACCUGGAGGAUAAACGAUGGGGUGCCCAGAUUGCAGAGCAAGACGGCAACAAGGUCAAGCUGUCCGUCCACUCUCCGGCCGAUGCUGUGAUUGGUCUUCAUGGGCUGACAGUCACCACCGGCUCCCAGAAGGAGGAAACCCCCAAUAUUUACACCUCCAGCGAGAACAUCGUCAUGCUCUUCAACCCCUGGUGCACAGACGACGCCGUGUUCCUGGAUGACGAGGAGGAGAGGAAGGAGUACGUGCUGAACGACAUCGGGCAGAUUUAUUAUGGAACCGAGAAGCAAAUCGGUUCUCGCACGUGGAACUUUGGCCAGUUUCAAGAAGGGAUUCUGGAAGCGUGUCUGUUCAUUCUGGAGAAAAGUGACAUCCCUCCAUCCGGCCGGGGGGACCCCAUUAACGUGGUCAGGGUGCUAUCAGCCAUGAUAAACGCUCAGGACGACUUCGGAGUCCUGAUCGGAAACUGGUCGGGGAACUAUUCCCAAGGAGUGUCUCCUGCUGCCUGGAGCAGUAGCGUGGAGAUCCUGAGGAAAUACCACUCCUCCCACGGAACGCCGGUGCCGUACGGCCAGUGCUGGGUGUUCUCGGGGGUCACCACAUCAGUGCUCCGCUGUCUUGGCAUACCGACUCGCAGCGUGACCAACUUCCAGUCCGCCCACGACACCGACGUGUCCCUCACAAACGACGUGUAUUUCGAUGAAGACUUGGAGCCAAUCGACUACCUCAACAGCGAUUCUAUCUGGAAUUUCCAUGUCUGGAAUGACUGCUGGAUGGCCAGGCCCGACUUGCCCGACGGUCACGGGGGCUGGCAAGCUAUUGACUCCACUCCCCAGGAGACGAGCCAGGGUACCUUUCGCUGCGGGCCCGCCUCCGUCACGGCCAUUCGCUCCGGCCAGGUCUACCUCAAACACGACACGCCCUUCGUCUUUGCCGAGGUCAACAGUGAUAAGAUCUUCUGGCAGAGGAAUUCCGAUGGUACGUUCACGCAGUUCCACAGUGAAAAGAAGGCUGUCGGUCACUGUAUCAGCACUAAAGCAGUCGGUUCCGAUGACCGGGCGGACAUCACUCAUCUGUACAAGCAUCCGGAAGGUUCUGAGGAAGAGCGCAUUGCCGUAGAGACUGCCAGCCGUUACGGCAGUAAGCCGGACGUCUACACUCCUGCCGUGGCCGAGGACGUCAGUCUGGAGGUGAGGAUGGAAGGCGAGGGGCCGAGGAUGGGGGCCGACGCCCACCUGAGCCUCCUGGUGAAGAACCUGAGCUCAGAGCCCCGUCGGACCACUCUGCACAGCCAGGUGGCCGUCAUGUACUACACGGGCGUUGUGAAGGGCACCAUCAAGAAGGAGCAGCUGCCCGUGGAGCUUCUGCCCAAUGAAGAGAAGACCAUCGAGUGGGUUCUGCCUUACCAACAAUACCAAAACCAGCUGGUGGACCAGGCGGCGCUGAUGCUGACUUUGUCCGGAAGAGUCACCGAGACCAAACAGGUUUUGGCCAACCAAACCACCUUCAGGCUCCGCACCCCCGACCUCAACAUCACGCCUUUGGGGAAAGCUGUAGUGGGACAGGAAAUGGGGGCCAAGAUCACGUUUACCAACCCUCUGCCGAGGACGCUGAAGGAUGUGGUCUUCAGGGUGGAAGGUCUGGGUCUGCAGAAGGGCCAUGAAGUGGUCGUGGGGGACGUGGGUGGUCUGUCCACCGUCACGCUGACGGAACACUUCAUCCCCACCCAGCCCGGGGCCAGGAAGCUGGUGGCGUCUCUGGACUGCAAACAGCUGACACAGGUGCACGGAGUGGUGGACAUCGUUGUUCUGGAAGAGUGACCUGGCCCGGACUCUUAUUUACUCUUCACAAACACAAUGUAGUCACCAUCAAGAGUGGACAUACCCUUCUAAAGAACCUCAUGUCAUGGCUGUCUUGAGCUUCCAGUAGUUUCUACAACUCUUGUUUGUGAUAGUGACUGGAUUUUAUUAUGGGUCCGCUGUGAAUGUGAGCAAAUCUGUUAAUAAUUGCUUACAUGUUUCACUGCAAUAAGGCACUUUUGGUAGCCACCCACAAGCUUCCGGUUGAAUUUUUGACCACUCCUCAGUUCAGCUAAAUUUGUUGGGUUUUUCUGACAUGGACUUGUUUCUUCAGCAUUGUCCACAUGUUUAAGUCCGGACUUUGGUGAAGGCCAUUCUAAAACUUUCAUUCUAGUCUGAUUUAGCCAUUCCUUUACCGCUUGUGACCUGUGUUCGGGGUCAUUGUCCUGUUGGAACCCAAGACCCAACCUCCGGGCUGAUGAUUUUAGCUUGUCCUGAAGAAUUUGGAGGUAAUCCUCCUGUGACCGUCUCUUGCUGUCGUUGUGCGGGUUCAAUUGACCACCCAGGAAAAACAUGCUUUUGAGCAGGUUUGACUUCUUUAUUUUGCAAUAGAUCUAUCAGAUCGCUUUUCUGCUCCUUCCUCCACUGCUCGCUCACGGUCCGCUCUUUCAGCCACCGUCGUCGUCGUCCUCGUCUAUGGCUCUCUGUUCCUCUCGCUUCUCAUGCGCCACUGCGGGUUCUUCUCCUCCUUCUGCCCCAAUUUCUCCUCCUUCUCCCCUUUUAUACAGUAUGAGGAGAUGGGUUAAUCGUGUCCCGGUGUGUGAGCCACGCACCUGAAUUAGAUUGUGGCAGCAUUCUCCGCCUCCUUUCCGCCAUCUUGGGAAGGGCUGCAGCGUGCCCUGCCCUGCCCCGCCUUCGGCCCGUCAGCUCCGCCUCUUCACACCUCCUUUUUCCAUUGUCCCAUUUCCUCUCUGUAAAGCACCAGUUCCAUUGGCAGCAAAACAGGCCCAGAGCAUAAUACUACCACCACCAUGCUCGACGGUAGGAAUGCUGUUCCUUGGAUUAAAGGCCUCACCUUUUCUCCUCCAAAAAUAUUGCUGGGUAUUGUGGCCAAACAGCUCAAUUUUUGUUUCAUCCGACCACAGAACUUUCCUCCGGAAGGUCUUAUUUUUGUCCAAACUUUAGUCCAGCCUUAAGGUGUCACUUUAGAGCAAGGGUUUUGACAAAAGAUAAGACCUUCUGGAGGAGAGUUCUGUGGUCUGAUUUAACAAAAAUUGUGCUGUUUGGCCACAAUAGCCAGCAAUAUGUUUGGAGGAGAAAAGGUGAGGACUUUAAUCCCAGGAACACCACACCUACCAUCAAGCAUGGUGGUGGUAGUAUUAUGCUGUUUUGCCUGUGAAUGGAACUGGAGCUUUAAAUGGGACAAUAAAAAAGGAGGAUUACUUCCAAAUUCUUCAGGACAAGCUAAAAUCACCAACCCGGAGCUUGGGUGUUGGGCGCGGUCGGGUGUUCCAACAGGACAAUGACCCCCAAACACACGUCAAAAGUGGUAAAGGAAUGGCUAAAUCAGGCUAGAAUGAAGGUUUUAGAAAGGCCUUUCCAAAAUUCCUGACUUAAACAGGUGGACAAUGCUGAAGAAACAAGUCCGUGUCAGGAAAACCAACACAUUUAGCUGAACCGCACCACUUUUGUCAAGAGGAGUGGUCAAAAAAUUCAGCCGGAAGCUUGUGGAUGGCUACCAAAAGCGCCUUAUUGCAGUGAAUUUUCAGUAGAGCCAUUAUAAAUUCAUAAAAGAAGCAAACUUCAUGAAUGUUUUUGUGGGAGACCAACAAGUAUGUGGUCCAAUCUAUCACAAAAAAUAAUAGUUGUAAAAAUGACUGGAAACUCCAGACAGCCAUGACAGGAUGUUCAUUGAUCGUGACUGUAAAUGUACAGUAUUAGUCUUAUUUUUUGCGCUGCUCGGGAGAAAGAACGUGGCGUCGUCAGUAUCGUGUUUCUAACCCUUGAAAUAACAAAAGUGUAUUUUUAUAAUGAAGUCUUUUGUGGCACUUAACUAAGCAUCCUUAUUAUGUGAUAAUUUGUAUCACUGUAUCACACAAAGGGAACCUUUGUACACUUUUUAUCACAUCCAAAUGGAGACAGAAAGCUCUUUGUUAGCAUUGAAGUAACGAUAUGUAUCGGAAUGGAAAACACUGACCUUUUACCCAAGCUCACCUUUGAAAUGUGAAGGAUUGAUUAACUAUUUAUUUGUGUGUUUAGUAUCACGUGUGGACAAAUUAAAGUGGAACUGAACCACUGAAA